AUGUGGUUUACUAAGCUGGAAUUGGCUGCCUUCUGGGCCUGUAUGGAUGAAUCCGACGGGGUCAUAGGCGGAUGUGCGGCAAUUAACGCAAUCAUCCCACUCAACAAGAUUCCCCAUCUGGAUGUAUUCGUUCCUAAAGGCAAAGAAGAAAAAUGGGACACCCUCCUUCUCUCCCUUGGAUGGGAUCAUUGCUUCUCGGACACUCACUUUGCGCGUCGCUAUCAUGCUCUCCUGCGAGUUACUAGCAGCACCUCUUCCACAUCCAUACUUCCGAUAAUAUUCAGUGCAUCUCACACAGCUGAGAUGACGUUUAUCACUUCUAGUGAUAUUUACGCGGUUUAUCCUGAUCUUACUCAAAACAGGCGGACUGUAUUGGUCCAUACUCCAAACACUUGGUUUAGGAACAAAGAAGUCAGGCGCAUCGUGUGGAAUAGUGAUAGUGUCAUAAGCUCCACGUAUAUGGUGGAUCCUGGCAAGCAACGCGCUUCGCUCGAGACUCCACUGUACUUUACUUCUUAUUCUUGUCACUGUCUUUAUGUUUUGACGCAGAGGGGCGUCAUGACUGCCUUCCACAACUGGUCCACAUCCGCUUUCGGCCGCGCCAACACUACAAUUCCAUCGACGUUUAGUGACCUUCACGGCUGCUGCACACGCAACAUUACAACUACAACCCGGGGGAACGUGAACAUAAAAGCUGUUCUUCCGCAAACUAUCAACCUUCAUCCGACUAUCAGCCUCGCCAUCAAUCCUCUUGAGCUGCGUGGUUCGACCCUCUCCCAUCUCUUCGUUCAACUCAUCAGUAGCGCUGAGUUCGUAUUCAAGUUUCUAAUUUUCUUCGCAACGGAGUCAAGGGCGCUAUCCAGACCUGCACCCGGCAUGGUCGGCGUCUCAGCAUCAGCGACAGGGGAACGGCAGGUACAGAUGCACCAGCACCAGCCCCGUUCGUUUUCUUUUUACCACCCCUUUCCUGGCUCUGGUACUGGUUGGGUACACCACGCCCCUGCUCAUUUCCAAGUCCAUUCAUCUGCAUCUCCAAAGAUCUUCAGGAUUCUCACCUUCCUUUCUCUUUUCACCUUUUUCUUCUUGUUCUGCUUCCCUUGGGGCUCAGGGUGCCCGGCGUGUGGCGAUUCUGGCGAAGCAGCAACACUAUGCGUCGGCAUACGGGGUGCACCACCCUUGUUUUCCUGUUUGAAGAUCGACGGCGUCGCUAGGCCUUUUAGGAGAAUUAGCAGGGACUACAUCUACUCUUUGGUGCGCGAUGAGGCUGAUCAGAUCUUGACGGAUGGAGAGAAGUUUUGGAUUCACAUUGCCCAUGGCAUGCCGCGAUCAUUUCACCGAGCACUAGGCAUGUUUAUUAUGAAGAGGUUGAUGAUGGGUUUUGACCCGUUUGGCAUCACAACAACGUUAGGAAAAUACAGCAUUGAUUUACUUAGUGUUUGA